AUGGGGGGCGCUUUCAAAACCGGAGGCACCUCAAUUUGCAUCACAUUCACAAUUAAAGACUGCGAUUUGGAUAACGGGCAUACGUGGGAUGGCCUCAGAAUCAAAUACUUCAAAGAAACGGAGAGCCUCUUGCCUCCUGUCCGGGUUAGAAUAUUACAGGGCAAGUUAACUGGAGUGGUUGCUCAGAAUGUGACUGUACCAUACGCUAUUUUUCGCCCGGAUAGAGAACCGACAUCCAACCAUUCGGCACUCACCGGUCCCGAGCCCUUUGAGCCUACGUAUGCAGAAAAGACUUAUGCGGCGUCUUUGCUCGAAGCCUCGCCGGGUAGAUUUCACCGUGCCACUGUUUCCAGAGCAAACUUUGCGCAGGUUACAGCCUCGAAGCCAACAACCACGAACCGGAAAUUUUCACUUCUUGAGGAUAUCCAGGAAGGACAGUUCGUGGAUCUUAUUGGCGAGAUUGUGAAGAUAUUUGGUAACGAUAGCGAGAAAGCAACUCUGUAUCUUACUGACUAUACAAGUAACGACAAGCUGUUUCAUUAUGCAUCCGACAACAAUGAUGAUCUGAGCCAUGGCCGCGAAGGUGACCCAUACGGCUAUAUCCAACGCCAGGCAAAGAGAUGGAAUGGGCCAUCUGGUCGUAUGAGCCUCCAAAUAACGUUGUGGGAACCGCAUGCCUCGUUUGUCCGGGGAAACUUCCAGAUAGGGGAAAUUGUUCGCCUCAAGAAUGUCAAAAUAAAAAAGAGCUACGCCGAAGAAGGAAUCCUGGAGGGUGUCAUCCAUGGAAGUCGCGACAAUCCGAGCAUGGUGAACGCUCUUAAAGUAAAUCUCCAUAACGACUCUCGGGCCCAGCAAUUGCUUUCUCGGAAACAAGCAUACUUAGAAGCGCAUCCAAAAAAGCAGAAGCGGAAGUCAGAUGAAGACGAUGACCGGCCCUCAAAGAAGCCGAACAAGAGACAGUCAAAAACAGCACCCAGGAAAGAAUCAGGCCAAACAAUCCUAGAUAUCAACAAACGGAUGGCUGUCAACGAGAAUGUCAAAGCCCGUGUACCACUAAGCGGGGUACACGCUCUGUCCCUUGAGGCUAUUAUAAACAACCCAUCUCAUAAUAAUUCAGCGCCGAGGGGUAUCACUUACCGUCUCCCCUUCCAGAACCUUUGCUACCUCACCACAGUCCGCGUGGUUGACUUCUAUCCUCCGCGAUUAGAAGACUUCGCCGUUCAGCAAGAAGCCGUCUCUAUCGCGUACAACAGAAACCGGGAUCCUGCCACUUCUCGAACGUAUAAGAAGUGGGAAUGGCGCUUCUGUCUUCUUGUAGAGAACGCCCCCCGGGCCCCUGCAAGAAAGCCAAACGAGCGGAUAAAACUUUUUGUUUCCGACUUGGAGGCUGAACAUCUUUUGGGAAUGAGUGCUGUUGAGUGA